AUGUCUGCUCAAAAGGCACCGAAAGAGCAAAAAUCUCCAUCCAAUUACUUAUUUCUCACUCUCAGACUAUUUGCUCACAUUCGACGGCUCAUACGCUUAAAGGCCGCCAAAAGGCAGCACAAAACGCCGGCGCCGGCGGAGAAACCGGCGGGGGAGCCUAUUGAUACAGAAGUGGAUACAACCGAAGAAGAAAACGACACGGGCGAGGGCAGGGAAGUAAUUUCGGAGGGGCACGACGGUAAUUUCGCCUCCAAUCGCGAUUGGGUUUUGGCCCUGCAAAAGUCCGUGAAGAUGAUCCAUUUCGGGAAUUGGGAGGAGAAAGAAGCGGCGGCGGGGGAGGUGAAGAGGCUGGCGGCGGGAGGUGAAGAGAGGCGGCGGGCUGUGGCGGAGCUCGGCGUUGUUCCACCGCUGGUGGCCAUGGUCGGGUCGGAGGUGGCGGUCCGUUAUGAUCAAAUAGCAUUAACGUUUGUCCAAUAUUCUUUCAGGACAAAGGCUUUGAUGGUGGAGGCAGGGAUCUUAUCCAAAUUACCAAACAACAUAAACAACUCCUUAGACGAAAAUUCCAAGCAAGAAUUCGCACAUCUCCUCUCGUCCGUAUCGGCCCUAGCCAACACCAAAUUCUCACUCGACUCGUCAAAACUAAUUCCCGCCAUAAUCUCCAUUCUCGAUUCUACUUCACGCAUCGAAACCAAAAAACUAUGCCUAACCGCUCUACACAACCUCUCGUCAGUCCUAGAAAACAUCGACAUUUUAACUUCCAACGGCACCAUCGACUAUUUAAUAAACCUAUCGUCCAAUAAACAAACGGCCGAAAAAUCCCUAGCGAUUUUAUCCAACUUGGUCGUGACCCUCGCCGGAAAAAGGUCGAUCGAGCGAAAUCCGGCCGUCCCCGGCCAGUUCAUAGAGAUCACGACGUGGGAAGAAAGCCCAAAGUGCCAAGAAUUAUCCGCUUACGUAUUGAUGGUCUUGGCCCACCAGAGCCCGUUGAUGAGGCAGAAGAUGUCAGAGGCAGGGAUUGUUCAGGUGCUUCUCGGGCUAGCUUUGUUGGGAAGCCCGUUGGGCCGAAAGAGGGCCCUCAAGAUACUGCAGUGGUUCAAGGACGAGAGGCAAAUGAGAGUGGGCCCGCACUCGGGCCCGCAGGUAGGGAGGAGAGCGGCGAUUGGGUUACCAGUGGACGAUCGGAGGGGUGCUGAGGAGGAAGGGAAGGUGUUGAUGAGGAAAAUCGUGAAGGAGAGCUUGUAUAAGAAUUUGGAGACGAUCACGAGUCGGGCAAGGGAUGGGGAUGAGGAUGCCUUGAAGCUUAAGGCAUUGGUGGUUAGUUCAAGCUCCAAGAGCUUGCCUUACUAG